AUGGCCUCUCUUCUCCCAUCUCUCAUCCCACCUCUCUUCCUGCAACCCCAACCCUCCACCCCUUUUCUCCCACUCGCCGUCAUCCGCUCCCGCCCAGACAAGGUAGCUCCGAGCCAAGCAAGACAUGUCUCCCCCAACGUGGGAACGCCGCCCCACCCCCCUCUCGAUAGUCGCACCGCUGAGGCUGAGCUGGCACUCGCUGACGUGACAAGUGCUGACAUGGCAUUUUUGCGACUGGAAGGCGUGUUUGCAGCGUUCGGAGAGGAGCGAGUUUGGUCUGCACCCAUUGCCCAGUGCUGCCGUCAAACCAGCUUCCUCCCUCGCCUGCUCUUCCCUUGCGUCCCUCCUUCCCUCGCCCCUUGCUCACCCGCUCCUUCUCCUUCUGACGUCUCCCCCUCUGCUUCAUUGCCACUCCCUGUACCACCUUGCAUUGUUCUGACGCAAUCCCAUCACGUCUCCUCUGACCCCCCUGUUCCUCGCUCUCAACUCCCUUCCUCUACCGUCCGCUCUUUCCAUAUACCCCUGCGCCUGCUCCCACCCUCCUGCGAUCUCAGUGGCCCACCGCCUCCUCCCGCUACUGCUACCGCUCCUUCCUGCUGGGUGGGGAGAAGCGGGAGGGCGUGGUGGGAUGCGGAUAGUAAGGGUGUUGAUAAGGAGGAGUGA